AUGGACAAUGAUUUUGAUCUCCGGCACUCCGGUGCCCCGUUGCAGGUUUCGAGAAGCGCCCAGGGCGCCGUUCCUUUGUUCAUCAUGUAUGUGGCAUUCCAUCAUAACGGCCAGGCCGCGAUGAGGAAUUUAGCAAUUAUGAUUUUCGCAUACUGGCGCAUCUCGAAACCUUACCCCGGCUCCAAAAAUCGUCCCAAGAAGCACCCUUUAGAGCUUACUUCGAGAAGCGCCGUUCUAACUUCUAGAAAGGAGAAUGCAUUGAACUUGGGCGCCAGGGAGGAGCAUAGAAAGGGCCGGAGCGGUCUAGUGUUCGGACGGGGGAGGACGGCAUGA